AUGCGGCAGGUGAAGGUGGAGCCCAAUAUCUUCAGUUGCAACGCCUGGAUCAACGCGUGCGAGAAGGGCCAGCAAUUGCGACGGGCUUUGGCGCUGUUCAGCGAGAUGCUGGAGGCGACAGUGGAGCCCGACGUCAAGAGCUACAAUGCUGGGAUCAGCGCGUGCGGGAAGUGCGAGCAGUGGCUGCAGGCUCUAUCGCUGCUCAGCGGCAUGUGGGAAGUGAGGUUGGAUCCGACUGUCAUCAGCUACAGCUCUGGGAUCAGCGCGUGUGCGAAAGGCGAGCAGUGGCAGCGGGCUCUCUCACUGCUCAGCGAGAUGUGGGAAGUGAGGCUGGAGCCACAUGUCAUCAGCUACAGCUCUGGGAUCAGCGCGUGCGCGAACGGCCAGCAGUGGCAGCGGGCCCUCUCACUGCUCACCGAGAUGCUGGUGGCGAAGGUGGAGCCCGACGCCAUCUCUUCCAACGCUGGGAUCAGCGCGUGCGAGGGGCGAGCAGUGGCAGCGGGCUCUAUCGCUGCUCAGCGGGAUGUGGGAAGUGAGAUUUGA